UUGAAUUGUUUACGUUCGAGAAAGAGCCAGCGUCGUCUCUCGGUCUGGAUUCAGGACCUCCAAAGUUGCAUGUUAUCAGAAAUUCUUGACGGUUAUGCAUGAUGUCAAUUACAGAAGAGAAAUUCAAUCCCCCCGUCAACCAGGCGGUCAAGAGGGAGUUAGAAGAUGAUAUUGAUGAUAAGAGAGCAGUUACAAAGAAGUCACGUCAGUGCCCUUACCUGGACACCAUUAAUCGUCAUAUGUUAGAUUUUGACUUUGAGAAGUUGUGCAGUGUAUCACUCUCAAGAAUUAAUGUGUAUGCCUGUCUAGUUUGUGGUAAAUACUUUCAAGGACGUGGACCCAAUACACAUGCAUAUACCCACAGUGUGUCAGAUGGUCAUCAUGUAUACCUCAAUUUACAAUCUCUCCGAUUCUACUGCUUACCUGACAACUAUGAGAUUAUUGAUUCAUCUCUUAAUGACAUUAUAUAUGUUGUGAAUCCAACCUUCACAAAAGAAUACAUUGCAAAGAAAGUAAACCAGAGCAAGAUGAGCAGAGCAUAUGAUGGUACUCUUUACCUGCCUGGUAUUGUGGGCUUGAACAAUAUCAAGGCUAAUGAUUAUUGUAAUGUAGUAUUACAGGCUUUGUCAAAUAUCACACCUCUAAGGAACUACUUCCUAGAUCCCAAUAACUACAGUCAUAUUCACCAUGCACCAGGUACAAAGGGACUAGCAAUGUUUCCUCUCAUUACAAGAUUUGGCGAAUUGGUUAGGAAGUUAUGGAACCCAAGGAAUUUCAAGGCUCAUGUCUCUCCUCAUGAAAUGUUACAAGCAGUAGUAUCAUGCAGCAGAAAGAAGUUCCAGUUCACAGUACAAGGUGAUGCUAUUCAGAUUCUAUCCUGGAUACUGAAUUCCAUGCAUCUUGGUCUGAAAACACCAAAACGCAAGAGCACAAUUAUUUACCGUUGUUUUAGAGGGACCAUGAACAUCUACUCACAGAAGAUCCUUCCUGUUGAGAUAGAUGAGAAAGAGAGAAACCGUCUCUUGAAAUGUGAGGAGUACCAGGAAAAGAUGGAGGAAAGCCCUUUCCUUUAUCUUACAUGUGAUUUGCCUCAGCCUCCAUUAUUCAAAGAUGAAAAGAAGGAGAAUAUCAUACCACAGGUGAGCUUGUAUGUCCUCCUGAGUAAGUUUGAUGGCAAAACUGGGAAGGAGUACCAGACUUACAAAGAAAACAUCUUGAAGAGAUUCCAACUGACUGGCUUGCCCCCAUACCUCAUCCUGUACCAUAAGCGAUUUACAAAGAACACUUUCUACAUUGAGAAGAAUCCUACAAUUGUCAAUUUCCCGGUGAAGAAUAUUGAUUUGACUGAGUAUUUGACAGAGGAGCUUGAAGCAAAAACACCAGAACCUAUUUAUGAUUUAGGCAAUAUUGUGCAUGAUGGUGAACCAAGCUCAGGGACCUACAGAUCUAAUAGCUUAUCUUUUCCUUUUAUUUUUUAUGUGUUGUUACAGGGCACUGGGAAGUGGUAUGAACUGCAAGAUCUUCAUGUUAAAGAAAUUGAACCUCAGAUGUUAACUCUGACUGAAUCGUAUAUCCAGAUCUACGAGAUGCAAAAUUGUGUUGUAAAAACACAUGACAAAGAUGCAAAGGCAUGAGGUGAGAUUUAGAAGAGAAAAUGAAAUUUUUGCAAAAUUUUCCAUUCCUAGGACAUUUUCCAGCAGUAUACACAUUUUUUUUUAUAAGAAACAGCCUUUUAAGAGCUAUUUAUUGACACUAUUUUUUGAUAUGAUAAACUGAAGACCUAAAGGAGUACAAUUAUAAAGGAAACUUCAUCUUAGAUUAAGUGUGAAAGCUACUGACUAACUAGGUCUUUAGUUCUUUCAGUAACUUUUCAGUUCUGUAUACCUUACAACAGGGUUGAUUCUUCCACAUAUUAUUGACCUGGAGGAUAUAUUUUGCAAAUUAGAAUUCUACCAUUGUUAUACUUUGUAAGACUAAAAUCUUGUUAAUAAAACACAGAUUGUUUGCAUUAUUUUUUUCUAUAAAGCUACACUCUGGAACAUAUGAAAGGCUAAAGAAUGCAGUAUCAGUUUACAUAUUAAAACGUGCAUUUGAUAUCCAGGAUUAUAUCAUGGAUAAUCAAAAAAAGUGGAAAGUUAAUCCUAUACAAGACUAAAUACACAGCAGGAAUUCUAAUGAAGACAAAUGUUAUAGGAAUUAAUAAAGCUUCCAGGAAAGGCUUACUCAGUGAAAUUUUCAAUAUUACAAUAAACAAAUGUUUGUAAUUAUUGCUACUUCAAAUGAAGAAAGAAAGAAAAUAUGAAAAUUCCUUUUUUUACUGUAGUGUACCAGCUCUCAACCAGUAGCAGAAUAUACAUCCUAUUUGCCCUGCUGGAACAAUAACUAAAAUAAAGGUUGAUAUGCA